UGCCAAGGAAUGGAGUCAACAACAUGGAAAUUGUUGAUGAAAAAGUACCUUCCUCCGUAGCAGAGUUACCUUCACCUAAUUUGACAGAAGAAAUUGACCAGCAACUGAAAGAAUAUGAUGUUGAGGCAGUGUUGGCAAAACAAGAGACACAUGACUUGUUUUGUCCUAAUUGUAAAUCUUGUAUUACUAAAAGGGUUAUCCUAAGGAAGAGAAAAAGAACUACUCCUAUUCCUAACAUAGACACUAAACCAAAGCGUGACAAGUCAGCCAUUGAGGUAGUUGAUAGUUCUGUAGAUGAAGACAACCAAGGUGAUCAUGCAAUUGCAACACCUGAUGAUGUAGCUAGAGUAGAGCCUCCUGCUGAUAAUUUUGAGCCCGAAAGAGAACCAGAAGUGUUCAGAUGUUUAUCAUGCUUCAGCUUCUUUAUUCCUAUAGGAAAUGGAUUCAAACUGUUCCCAAGUUUUGGGGGUAAGCCUGAAGCUUCACAAAAGCUUCCGGUUGUACCUGCAUCCAACGUGGAAAAUCCUUCAGGUGUUGCAGCUUCCAAUUCAAAUUGGUUCUUCACUCUGUUUACAUCAAUCAAGGGAAGAAAAGCUAGUGUUCAAGGUGAUGCUUCUAGUGAAGAUUCUAUAGCAGAUCCCACUUCAGUUGAAGAUUCUAGAAUUGAUAAUCCAUUGGAAAUAGCUCAGAAUAGUUAUUCUUCUUUGAUGAAAGAAGCACAAUCACCAGAACAAUCAUUUGACAGUGAAGUAGUUGCAAAUGAUGUAGCUAGAGACAAACAAAAUUUCAUAGUAAAUGGCUCGAUUCCAUCAAUUGAAGAUUUGAAGAAAGUUGAAACGGGUAUUGAAGACGAAAUAAAACCUUUUGUUGCAAACGAAAAGAAUGAAGCAUUUGAAACCUCUACAUCCCAGGCAGGUUACGUUCCAACUGAAGGAGAUAUUGUGACAGAAGCACACACUGAAAUCUAUAUUGGGGAACAACCAAGGGCUGAAAUUGGUGAGCACCAAGAGUGGGAAAUACUUAAAAGCAUUGUGUACGGUGGUUUAGUUGAAUCAAUCACUAGUCUUGGGGUUGUGUCAUCUGCUGCUUCUUCUGGUUCUGCUCCAUUGAAUAUUAUAGCAUUGGGGUUGGCGAAUCUCAUCGGUGGACUUUCUGUCAUUGGCCAUAAUCUCACUGAUUUGAAAAAUGGUCAUUCUGGAGGGAAUCCAUCACAAGAUCGAUAUGAAGAACUACUUGGCCGUAGAGAAAACUUCACACUUCAUGCUUUUCUAGCUGUGUUAUCAUUCAUAAUUUUUGGUUCUGUCCCACUUGUUGUCUACAGCCUCUUAAUUUCUAAGCACUACUAUGAUGAAUAUAAUAUUGCAGCUGUGACAGCCUCUUCUGUUGUGUGCAUCAUUCUUCUUGCUAUGGGAAAAGCUUACACCAGCACACCACCCAAAUCCUAUAUCAAAACAGUGCUGCAUUAUGUUAGCUUGGCACUUGCAACCUGUGGAGUCUCUUACAUAGCUGGUGAUCUAGCUAAGGUUCUCCUAGAUAAAAUCAGUGGCUCAGAAUCUGGUUAUGUUCUUGCCAUGCCCUUGUCAGACACAACAAGAAUGGAACCAGCGUGAAUGUCUUCUUCAAGCUUAUAUUUCAAUGUUCCUGCUUCUGCUGCUUCUUCUAGCUUCUUCUAGCCAAAUAAGGAUCCAGAAAAUAUGUGGUUUAGCUGUUAGUGUUCCAAGCAACGUUCUCAAUUUUAUAGUUUUCUUGGAUUC